AAGAGAAAGGCAAGAUGACGGACCUGCUCAAUAUAAGCAAGAUCGAGAAUAUCUGCCUGCUACCGGAAGAUCUGGACAAGCAGGAGGAUCCUCGAACACCGACUUUGAGAAGAGUCAGUUACGGUAUCGUGUUGCCGACCAUUUGUUGUCUCGGCAUCAUCGGAAAUAUCUUGAAUCUCAUCGUUCUCACGAGAAGAAAUAUGCGCGGCACUGCUUAUGUCUACAUGAGAGGUUACUCCGCAGCGGCGCUUCUCGCGAUCCUUUUCUGCAUCCCUUUCGCGCUGAGGGUGCUCAUCCAUAAGGAGACUGGGGGAUGGAGUAGCUGGAUCCAGGCCUUCUAUCACGCUCACUUCGAACUUUUUCUCGGGAACGGCUGUUUAGGAGUUGGAGUAAUGAUGCUUCUGGCAUUGACAGUGGAGCGUUACGUAAGCGUCUGUCAUCCCGGACAACACACGCGACCACUCUGCGGACCACCUCACCUAACAGUGGUACUCAUCCCUCUGGCUACAUUUCUCGUUUAUCUACCGAGUGUAUUUCGGGGUGAAAUUACGACUUGCCUGCUGGCACCCGACGGUCCUCUAAUCUACCAGAAAAGAGACAAUCAGACAUUUCUCAACUCGUGGUACUAUCAGGUGUAUAAAGUGGUGCUAGAAGUUGUUUAUAAAGUGGCACCAACGAUUCUUCUCGCCGGUUUCAAUCUAAGAAUAAUGAUAGUGUACAGAAGGUCCUGCGAGAGGCGCCGGAGAAUGACCCUAUCGAGAACUGUUAGCAGCGACGAGGAUCCUAGAACUUUUGCUGAAGAACGGAGACUCAUGCUGCUCUUGGGUAGCACCAGUAUCCUUUUUUUAGUCUGCGUCAGUCCUAUGGUCAUCUUAAAUGUUACGCUCAGCGAGAGCAAUCUCAACAAUUAUGCUUACCAGGUGUUCCGUGCUCUGGCCAAUCUGCUGGAAGUGAUCAAUUACUCGAUCACAUUUUACAUUUAUUGCCUCUUUUCCGAAGACUUUCGAAACACUCUAAUUCGUACGCUGCAGUGGCCGUGGGUCAAGAGCGAGCAAGGCGGUAGGAGCCUGCCGAUGAAACGUUCUCCGAUACCUAGACCGACGACUACGACGACAACCCCGCCAACUACCACAGUUGCGACUCCCGGACAUCUGGCUCGUGCCAGUGUUUAA